CCUAGUUCUCUUACACGAUACCAAUACCGUGUCUGUAACCCGCCAUGCUUGAUUACCAGACGACAAGCUUGGUGCUCGAUUUGAGCUAAGCCAGCUCUUGAUCAGUCGGCAUCCGCUGAAACAAAUUUGGGCAGAUUUCACCAUUACCGUGUCAACCUAAAUUCCAAGAAAGAACCAGCGCAUGUAUGAUAAAUUUAAAAUCGCUGAUGAUGAUAACAACCAUUGCUGGUUAAGUAAAAAGACUUUCCCCUCCCCCCCCCCCCCCUCCCCCCUCUCAGAACUGCCGCAUGCUUGUUUUAAGCGCGAAGAAAGAUUUGAAUUGUGUAAUGGUUGCUUUCUCCCGGAAGUUAUGUACAAGCAGGUCUUCAAUCUUUUCCCCCAGAUCCCAUUAUCUUCAUCAUCAGCAAGAGUCGCACCCAAUUCAAACAUUUAUUCCAUUCUCUCAAUUACAGCGGAAAAAGCUUUUGGAAUCUCGACUCAUAUCUAUUCUCCAUGGCUGUAAUGAGCUCACCCAGAUUAAACAAGUCCAUGCCCACCUCUUCCGGAUAGGCCUUGACCAGUCUUGCUUCCUCCUCACAAAGCUCCUUCGCAUGCUAACCAAGGUUGAGGUUCCUAUGGAUUCUUACCCUCGUCUUGUCUUCGAACAGGUCGAUCAGCGUAACCCAUUUCUUUGGACCGCACUUAUUCGGGGCUACACUCUUCUAGGAUCUUACUCUCAGUCAUUUCUUCUAUAUAACUGUAUGAGAAGGGAAGGCACCAGUCCAGUGUCAUUUACGUUCUCUGCCCUGCUCAAGGUUUGUACUGCCUCCCUCCAUGUCGAUUUGGGCAGGCAGUUACAUGCUCAAACAAUUUGUCUUGGUGGGUUCGAUUCUGAUUUAUAUGUUGGUAACACUUUGAUUGAUAUGUACGUAAAAUGUGGCUCUGUGGAUUGUGGGCGCCGCGUGUUUGAUGAAAUGCCUGAAAAAGAUGUGAUUUCUUGGACCUCGUUGAUUGUUGCAUAUGCAAAGAGUGGAGAUAUGGAGGCCGCAGCUUGUUUGUUUGAUGGGUUACCUGUGAAGGACAUGGUGGCAUGGACGGCAGUGGUCACAGGGUAUGCUAAAAAUGCUAGACCAAGGGAGGCGUUAGAUUUUUUUGAGAGAAUGCAGGAAGCGGGUGUCAGAACUGAUGAAGUCACAUUGAUUGGUGUUAUUUCAGCCUGUGCACAAUUGGGUGCUGCUAAGUAUGCGAGUUGGGUUCAGAAUGUUGCUGAGCAAUCUGGACUUGGAGCAACUAAAACUGUGGUAGUGGGCUCCGCAUUGAUAGACAUGUUCUCAAAAUGUGGGAAUGUGGAGGAUGCAUACAAAGUUUUUGCGAGUAUGAAUGAGAAGAAUGUAUUUUCUUAUAGUUCCAUGAUUCUGGGAUUUGCAAUGCAUGGUCAUGCAAGUGCUGCAGUACAAUUGUUUCAUGACAUGGUGAAGACAGAGACUGUACCAAAUGGAGUUACAUUUAUAGCAGUGCUUACAGCGUGCAGCCAUGCAGGUAUGGUAGAAGAAGGCCGACGCCUGUUUGCGAACAUGGAAAAAUGUUAUGGUGUCACACCAAACGCAGAUCACUAUGCUUGCAUGGUAGAUCUCCUUGGCCGAGCUGGACGGUUGGAAGAAGCUUUUGAGCUUGUCAAAUCGAUGUCGACGGAGGCCCAUGGUGGUGUUUGGGGAGCAUUGCUUGGAGCAUGUCGCAUCCAUGGAAAUCCUGACAUUGCUGAGAUUGCUGCUAACCAUCUAUUUGAGCUUGAACCGGAGCAUAUUGGAAACUAUGUCUUGCUCUCUAACAUAUAUGCUUCAGCUGGAAGGUGGGAUGAUGUCCUAAGGAUAAGGAAGUUGAUGAGAAUGAAGGGUCUAAAAAAGAAUCCUGCAUGUAGUUGGGUGGAAGCAAAGAAAGGGGAAGUUCACAAAUUCUUUGCAGGUGAUAUGACUCAUCCAAGGUCGAGUGAGAUUAAGCAGACCUUGGAGGAUCUUCUGAGCAGAUUGGAGGUGCUUGGGUACCAGCCAAUCCUUAGUUCUGUAGUUUAUGAUGUGAAAGAUGAAGUUAAGAAGCGGUUAUUAAUGACUCAUAGUGAGAAGCUGGCUUUGGCAUUUGGGUUACUCACUACAGAUGCUGAUUGCCCCAUCGUGAUUGUGAAGAACAUCAGAAUAUGUGAGGAUUGCCACUUGGUUAUGUGUGGUGCAUCAGAGAUUACUGGGAGGAUAAUUAUUAUCAGGGAUAGCACAAGGUUCCAUCAUUUUCGUAAUGGAAAGUGCUCCUGUGGCAAUUUCUGGUGACUGAAUUGGUACAUUGGUGUUGCUGGAGGUGCAACUUCCUAUACUGGAGUCCUGUUAAUUUAUGUAAAAGUUUGUCAUAAGAUAGCUAUUUGUCUAAUUGGGACAAAAAUACUAAUGCAACUGAAAUCUCUUCACUCA